AUGAGACCACGACGAAAGUGGAUUUGUGCUGGAGGGAAGAUCGACCGAUCUUUUAACGUCGAAGAAGGAAGAUCUGUUCAUUUUUCGCGGUCCCAGAACGGAGAAGGCAGAUCUUGCCAGCAUGGUGGAAGCGAGGACCAUGACGAGCCUAGUCACAAAGGCUUUCUAACGUCGAUGAAGGCAUAUAUGUUUGUUUGUCAGCAUCCCACAGUGGAGAAGGCAGAUCUGGCCAACACGGUGGAAUCUUGCACCAAGAUGGAAGGGGCCAGGCGGUAG